CCGGGCCCCCGCCCGCCGCCUUUGUGUGCGCGCCGCGCGCCCCUGCUGCGCCCCGGGCCGCGUCCUUUGUGGAGCGCCGCCCGGCCGGUACCUCCCUCUCUCCGCCCUCCCGGUCCCCCCUGCGAGCCCGCCCCGGGGACCCCUUCCCGGCGCCAGGCCGGACGCGAGGGCCCCUCCCCGCCCCCGCCGCAGCCCGCCCCCCGGGGGGGCAGGGGCAGCCCCACAGACGUCUCCCCCCCCCCCCGCCCCUCCCGGCCCGGGCCUGCAGGGCCGGCUUGCAGGCCCCUCCGCGGCGGGGGCGGGCAGGGCGCGGGCCCGGGCGGCUGUGUCCUGCGCGGCGGGGCAGGUGCGCGGGCCGGCGCUCACGCGGGCCGCUGUCCUUGCCCGCAGAGAUGGACGGCUGUGGCGGCCGCCGGGACGGGCCCCGCGCGCUGACGGAGGCCGGGCGCGGCGCGGGGCCCGCGGGCAUGGCGGAGCCCCCGGCGGCGCCGCGGGCGCGGGCGGCGCGGCCCGGGCCCCAGCGCUUCCUGCGGCGCAGCGUGGUGGAGUCGGACCAGGAGGAGCCGCCGGGCCCGGAGGCGGCCGAGGCGCCGAGCGCGCAGCCCCCGCAGCCGCUGCAGCGCCGGGCGCUGCUGCUCUGCAAGACGCGCCGCCUCAUCGCCGAGCGCGCCCGCGGCCGCCCCGCCGCCCCUGCAGCUGCCGCGGCCGCCGCGCCGCCCGGCGCCCCCGCCGACCCCGGCCCCCAGCCCGCGGGCGCGCGGGAGCCCGGCCCGGCCCCCGCGCCCGCGUCCGCCGGAGGCCCCCGCGAGGCGGCGGCGGCGGCGGCGGCCGAGGCGAGGCCGGAGCCUGGGCGCACACGCCGGGACGAGCCCGAGGAGGAGGACGACGACGAGGACGACCUCAAGGCCGUGGCCACCUCCCUGGACGGCCGCUUCCUCAAGUUCGACAUCGAACUGGGCCGCGGCUCGUUCAAGACGGUCUACAAGGGGCUGGACACGGAGACCUGGGUGGAGGUGGCCUGGUGCGAGCUGCAGGACCGGAAGCUCACCAAGCUGGAGAGGCAGCGGUUCAAGGAGGAGGCCGAGAUGCUCAAGGGCCUGCAGCACCCCAACAUCGUGCGCUUCUAUGACUUCUGGGAGUCCAGCGCCAGGGGCAAGAGGUGCAUUGUGCUGGUGACCGAGCUGAUGACCUCGGGGACGCUGAAGACGUACCUGAAGCGGUUCAAGGUGAUGAAGCCCAAGGUGCUCCGCAGCUGGUGCCGGCAGAUCCUGAAGGGGUUGCUCUUCCUGCACACCAGGACGCCCCCCAUCAUCCACCGGGACCUCAAGUGCGACAACAUCUUCAUCACAGGGCCCACCGGCUCCGUGAAGAUCGGCGACUUGGGCCUGGCCACUCUCAAGAGAGCGUCCUUCGCCAAGAGUGUGAUCGGUACCCCUGAGUUCAUGGCGCCCGAGAUGUACGAGGAGCAUUAUGACGAGUCCGUGGACGUCUACGCCUUUGGGAUGUGCAUGCUGGAGAUGGCGACCUCCGAGUACCCCUAUUCCGAGUGCCAGAACGCCGCCCAGAUCUACCGGAAGGUCACCUGUGGCAUCAAGCCUGCCAGCUUUGAGAAAGUGCACGAUCCCGAAAUCAAGGAGAUUAUUGGGGAGUGCAUCUGCAAAAACAAGGAGGAAAGGUACGAGAUCAAGGACCUGCUCAGCCACGCCUUCUUCGCAGAGGACACGGGUGUGAGGGUGGAACUGGCGGAGGAGGACCACGGCAGGAAGUCGACCAUCGCCCUGCGGCUCUGGGUUGACGACCCCAAGAAACUGAAGGGCAAGCCCAAGGACAAUGGGGCCAUAGAGUUCACCUUUGACCUGGAGAAGGAGACGCCUGACGGUGUGGCGCAGGAGAUGAUCGAGUCGGGAUUCUUCCACGAGAGUGACGUGAAGAUUGUGGCCAAGUCCAUCCGCGACCGUGUGGCAUUGAUCCAGUGGCGGCGGGAGAGGAUCUGGCCGGCUCUGCAGCCCCCAGAGCAGCGGGACCCAGGCAGCCCUGACAAGGCCAGGGGCCCACCUGCACCCCUGCAGGUCCAGGUGACCUAUCAUGCGCAGGGCGGCCCGCCGGAGCCUGAGGAACCUGAGGCGGACCAGCACCUCCUCCCCACCGCGCUGCCGGCCAGCGCCACCUCCCUGGCCUCGGACAGCACCUUCGACAGUGGCCAGGGCUCCACGGUGUACUCGGACUCACAAAGCAGCCAGCAGAGUGUGGUGCUGGGCUCGCUGGCAGAUGCGGCACCGCCCCCCACCCAGUGUGUGUGCAGCCCCCCGGUGAGCGUCAGCGACGGCCCGGUCCUGCCCUACAGCCUGCCCUCUCUGGGGACCUACCAGCAGCCUGCCACGCCUGGCCUGCCGGUGGGCUCCAUCCCGCCCCCAGCCCACCCUCCGCUCCCACAGCAGCAUUUCCCAGAGCCGGCCAUAAGCUUCGCCCCCGUGCCGACCGGCCCAGGCCAGCCUGCACCCCCUGGCCACCAGCCUCCUCCGCUGGCCCAGCCGGCGCCCCUGCCGCCUGUCCUGGCCGCACCGUCUGUGGGCCCUCUCCAGCCAGUGCCCCCCCACCUGCCUCCCUACCUCGCUCCGACGUCCCAGGUGCUGGCCCCUGCUCAGCUGAAGCCCCUCCAGAUGCCACCGGCACAUCUGCGGCCGCUCUCUCAAGUGCCUGCUCAGGUGCCUCCGCUUCCCGCGGGGCCGCCCUUCGCGCCCCUGGCCCCCGUGGACGGCCUCCCCGCAGCUCUCCCCGACCUGCCGGCCGCCGGCGGGCCCCCUCAGUAUCUCUCUCCCGCCGUCAUCGUGCCGAGCCUCCCCCUCGGCGCCGCCCCCCUGCCCGCGCCGCCGGCCAAGCUGCCCCACGCGGCCGGGGCGCCGUUGGCUGGGCCGGGCCGGACCGUUGUGCCCAACGCGGCAGCCGGCGCCGCCGCCGUCCCUCUGCUGGGCGCGGGCGCCCUGCCCGUUCACCCUGCUGCCGUGGCCCCGCUCCCGGCCCGGCCCGCGCACCCGGCGGCCUGCCCGCAGGUGGUGCCCGGCGACGUGCCCCCCUCUCCCCUCCGCGCGGCGCAGAGCGCGCGGGCCGCCCCCGCGCGGCUGGCGCCCCCCGCCCUGCCGCAGCCCCACCAGCCAAGCGUUGCGCGCCUCCCCGAGCAGGCUGCUCCCGCGGGCGGGGCGGGAAGCCAGCGGACUCCCCUGAACACAGCAGCUGGGGUUCUUCCAGGAGAGAAUGGGGCCACCAGGCUGCGGCUUCGGUAUCCGACCCCACACACCAUGUUGCUGAUCUAUCCCACACCAGAAGGGCUAGCAGUGGGCCUGCCCGUUGCUGACCUCAUCCCAGAGAUCCUGCUUGGUCACCCGCCUCCAUACGCUACAGAUGUCACCGCCCAGGUCCCCGUGGCGCCUGUGCCAGCCACCGUCCUCUCCCCACCUCUGCCGGAAGCGUUGCCGCCCACUGUCCCCGAGCUGCCUCAGCUCCCCAGCUCCCUGGCCCCUGCGGUGGUGGCUGCUUCUCAGGGCCUGCCCAUCCAGACCACCCCGCUCCUGCCGCCUGCUACCCGCCCACCGCCGCUCACCGGGCCCGGGAUUACCGGCCCCUGCCCAGCCGUGCAGCUGACGGUGGAGCCGGCCCCAGAGGAGCAGGCCUCCCAGGACAAGCAGCCCGGCCCCCCGCAGAGCUGCGAGAGCUAUGGAGGGUCCGACGUGCCCUCUGGCAGAGAGACGAGCGACAGCUGUGAGGGUGCGUUCGGCGGAGGGCGGCUGGAAGGCAGGGCCUCCCGGAAACAUCACCGCCGGUCAACACGCGCGCGCUCCCGCCAGGAGAGAGCCAGCCGCCCCCGGCUGACCAUCCUGAACGUGUGCAACACGGGCGACAAGAUGGUGGAGUGCCAGCUAGAGACACACAACCACAAAAUGGUGACGUUCAAGUUCGACCUGGACGGGGACGCGCCUGAUGAGAUCGCCACCUACAUGGUGGAGCACGAUUUCAUCCUGCAGGCAGAGCGGGAGACGUUCAUCGAACAGAUGAAAGACGUCAUGGACAAGGCAGAGGACAUGCUCAGUGAGGACACAGACGUCGACCGUGGCUCUGACCCUGGGACGAGCCCACCGCACCUCAGCACCUGCGGCCUGGGCACCGGGGAGGAGAGUCACCAGUCCCAGGCAAACGCUCCUGUGUAUCAGCAGAACGUCCUGCACACAGGGAAGCGGUGGUUCAUCAUCUGUCCAGUGGCUGAGCACCCAGCGGUGGAGGCCCCUGAAUCUUCGCCCCCACUUCCUCCAAGCUCCAUGCAGCCAGAAGCCAGCCAAGAUGCCGCGCCCUGUAAAGACCAGCUGUCCUUGAAGGACAAAUCCAGCUUCCCAGCCAGUCCGCAGCCUCUGAGCCAAGCAGGCCCCAGGGACAUCCCUGGUGGCGCCCCAGCCCCUUUGGCACCAUCCUCCCCUCCUGUGACUGCUCUGCCCCAGGACACGGCUGCACCAGCUGCCAGCCCCAGGCCAGAGCCAGCAGUGGGGACUGCUGUGCAGGCAGGGGGUCCGGGGACCUCUCAGGGGACGGCCAGUGAGCGCGAGACUCCUCAGCCACUGGCAGAGACUCAAGACACCCAGCUUGCUGCACAGCCUCUGGGUGCGGGCGCAGGGCCUUGUGCCCCACCUCUGGAGGCCCCCCGUUACCGCACAGGUUUGGGAGAGCCCACCUCAACCAGGGAGGCCACUGCCCAGGGCGAGCCCUUGUGGGCUCCGGCCCCUGCACCCAGUGCCCCCAGUGGGACCCCUCAGCCUGCCCUGGGCCAGCCCCUGCCCCCACUCCCCCCUGCGGUGGGGGCCAUCAGCUUGGCCACCCCCCCGAUCCCCAGCCCCCCCCUGGGGCCCACCAUGCCCCCCCAGCCACCCUCAGCCUUGGAGUCAGAUGGGGAGGGGCCGCCCCCCAGGGUGGGCUUUGUGGACAGCACCAUCAAGAGCCUGGACGAGAAGCUCCGAACUCUGCUUUACCAGGAGCACAUGCCCACCUCCUCAGCCUCGGCUGGGACCCCCGUGGAGGUGGGGGACCGAGACUUGGCCCUGGAGCCCCAGCCUGUGCUGGGAAAGUCAGAAACCGCUCCGGGGCUGGGGGCUGCGCUGGACCAGGCUGGGUCCUCGCCAGUGACAGCAGCAGCAUCUUUGAGCCAAGUGACGGCCUCAGGCUUGCCCAUAGCUCCAAGUGCUCCCCAGGAUGUCCCUGCUUCUGCCUUCCCUGCACAUCUGGAGCCCGCAGACCGCAGCAGUGGGGUCCCUGGGGAAUCCUCAGCCCAGCCCACACUGAGCAUCCUGGGGACAUUGACGGAAGACAGCCAGACCGGCCUCCCCCAGAUGCAGGGCACUCUCGCCUCCGAGUCCCCCCAGAAGCGUCUAGGACAGCAGGACGGCAGCUCACCAGCCAAAACCGUGGGCCGGUUCUCGGUGGUCAGCAUGCAGGACGAGUGGACCCUGGGCUCCCCCCACAGCCUGCGGUACUCAGCGCCCCCAGAUGUGUACCUGAAGGAGGCCCCCCACAGCCCCGACGUGAAGCUGGCUGUGCGGCGGGCGCAGACAGCCUCGUCCAUCGAGGUCGGCGCGGGUGAGCCGGUGUCCAGUGACUCUGGGGAUGAGUGUCCGCGCAGGAGACCCCCCGCGCAGAAGCACGCCUCCCUGCCCAGUGGCGGCAGCGUGGCCAGUGACUUGGUGAAGAAGGCCACCACCUUCCUGCACAGGUCCUCACGGGCCGGCUCCCCGGGGCCGGAGACACCCAGCAGAGUGGGCGUGAAGGUGCCCACCAUCAGCGUGACCUCCUUCCACUCCCAGUCAUCCUACAUCAGCAGCGACAACGACUCGGAGAUUGAGGAUGCGGACAUCAGGAAGGAGCUGCAGAGUCUUCGGGAGAAGCACCUGAAGGAGAUCUCGGAGCUGCAAAGCCAGCAAAAGCAGGAGAUCGAGGCUCUGUACCGCCGCCUGGGCAAGCCGCUGCCCCCCAACCUGGGCCUCUUCCACACGGCCCCUCCCGCCGGCCGCAGGAGAAAGAGCAAGAGCAAGCUGAAGGCGGGGAAGCUGCUCAACCCGCUGGUGCAGCAGCUCAAGGUCGUGGCCUCCAGCACAGGUCACUUGUCAGACUGCAGCAGAGCCCCUCCUGCUAAGGACCCUGCCCAAGCCGGGGCAGGGCCCGCGGCAGCUUCAGACCCGUGUGGGAAGGCAGUUCAGACCCAGCAGCCCUGCUCCAUGCGGGCCUCCCUGUCUGCAGACAUCUGCUCCGGCUUAGCCAGUGAUGGAGGCGGAGCGCACGGCCCAGGCUGGACGGUUUACCACCCAACGUCUGAGAGACUGACCUAUAAGUCUAGUAGCAAACCUCGCGCUCGAUUCCUCAGUGGACCCGUGUCUGUGUCCAUCUGGUCUGCCCUGAAGCGUCUCUGUCUAGGCAAAGAGCACAGCAGUCGGUCCUCCACCAGCAGCCUGGUCCCCGGCCCCGAGCCGGGCCCCCAGCCCACCCUGCACGUCCAGGCCCAGGCAAACAACAGCAACAACAAGACGGGCACCUUCACGGAUGACCUGCACAAGCUGGUGGACGAGUGGACGAGCAAGACGGUGGGGGCCACCCAGCUGAAGCCCUCGCUCAACCAGCUGAAGCAGACGCAGAGGCUGCAUGGCAUGGAGGUCAUGGCGGGCUGGCCCCCGGCUGCGGGCGAGGCGCAGGCCAUGAACGCCCCUCGAGCAGCAGUGGGGACGCCAUGUCUGACCCCAGCGCCCAGCCCUCUAGCCACCGCGGCCAUUGCUGGAACCACCCCAGCCCUGCCCAUGCCAGCUGAAGCAGCCAGGCUCCCAGGCUGUCCUGAGCUCAGCCUCACACUCAGCUCCUCACCUACUGUGGACACCAUGCCCAGGAGGCCGGGGUGGCUGUGAAGAGCCUAUGGAUUGAAUGAUUCUGAGAGUGAGAAGCCCGACUGAGCCCAGGCAGGCCAGCCCGACCCCGACGCCAGGCCCCGUGUCGUCACACGUGGAGAAGGCGAGUCCACGCCUCGUGUCCAGUUCACGCUGUUUUGUAACCACUUUCUAAGCAU